AUCGCGCGAUCAGUCGCUGUUUGUCCGUCGUUCAGGAGGAAGGAGUUUCGUGCUCCCGGUUUUCGUGUGUUCAAUGUUUGCUGUGUGUAGUUUGGAGUUUAUCUGAACCGAGCCGAUCCCGCUUAGAUUACUUCCGUCGUGUUAAACUAAUCCUUUCGCUGUACGCUGUGUUAGCGGGAAGUAAACAAUGGAUUCAACUGGCUUUCGAGGCGCGCACUAAUUUGUUUAUGUUUGUGUUUUUAUCGCAUCGGUGCAAUUCCGGUGGAUUUGAUGUGACGUGAAGCGAAACAACAACAAAGCGGCAAAGACGAAGAACAUGCCAAUGGUGAUCUUUAUAGGGCGGUCGAGGGUUCAGUUAUUUUAAUAGAGUGAAGUGGUCAUUCGGAUUGGGGUGCAUAAUUUUGUGUUUAUCAACGUAUCUGUCAAGCACGUAAUGGAGGAGGUUGUGUUUAGAGUGAAUUGAUUGAUUCGAUAAGUUGUUCGGUGUUGCUUGGUCGAUAAAGGUUUUGUGAUAGAUGGUGGAUGGUGAAAAAACCAAUCGACAAGCGAGCAUUUUACUUCCAAAUGGAUUAACCCAGGAGUGCUGUCUUGUGGUGUUGUAGAUUUCGAGCAAACGUUCUGGCUGUAAACAUUUCGUCGCUUCUCGCUGCUGCACGUCAAAAUGCGACUGUCCCUGUGGCGGACGGGCAGCACGAAGCAGCUUCUAUGAGGUGCCUUAAAAAGAAGAUGAGCCAGGUCUUCUCGCUGACCCAGAGAUACAAGCGGACACUACAAGCUAUGGCGGCCGGCGUUUUCCUGAUUUACAUGACACUGGUUCUGUAUCAGAAUGUCUACGGCUACAGUGGCAGUGGCGGCGACGGCACCAACGGAGGACAGGAUCUUCAGUACGGUUCGACGGAUUCCGCGGCGGCAACCGUUCAAAAUGUGAUAGCCAAACGGGAUUACAGUGUAAAUAGUGUCAACGGUCAUGUGAUUAAAAGUGUGAGUGCAAAAGUGGCUGCCCCGACUCGGUUCGAUAAAGCAUAUUACGACUACCAGAACGGGCAGCUGUCGGUUACCGGGACACCGAAGCCACCUACAACCGAGCUGGACGAUGUGCUGAUCAGUGUAAAGACGACAAAGGGCUACCACGACACUCGACUGGAGAUGAUCAUCAAAACGUGGUACCAGCUGGCGAAAGAACAGACGUGGUUCUUCACUGACACUGACGAUCAGCAUUAUCAAAAGUUGACCAAUGGACACAUGGUCAACACCAACUGCUCACAAGGACACUUUCGCAAGGCGCUCUGCUGCAAGAUGGGAAAAGAGUUCGAGUUUUUUCUGGACAGUGCCAAAAGAUGGUGGUGCCACUUCGACGACGAUAACUACGUGAACGUGCCUCGGUUGGUGCGGCUGCUGGAUGAAUACAGUCCGACCCAGGACUGGUACUUGGGCAAACCGAGUAUCUCCUCUCCGUUGGAGAUUUUUCUAGAUAAUACCAAAACAUCGUCGGGAGCAAACAAGAAGGUGACCUUCUGGUUCGCGACUGGCGGCGCCGGAUUCUGUAUAAGCCGAGCGUUAGCGCUGAAGAUGUUGCCCAUUGCGAGCAGCGGCAAAUUCGUGGCCAUAGGCGAUAAGAUUCGCUUUCCCGAUGACGUCACUAUGGGUUUCAUCAUCGAGCACAUUCUCAAUGUUCCUUUAACUGUGGUGGAUGCCUUCCACUCACACCUAGAGCCGAUGGAGUUCAUACGGCCGGAAACGUUCCACGAUCAGGUGUCCUUCAGCUACGCCCGCAUGAAGAACGAGUGGAACGUAGUCAAGGUGGACGGUUUUGAUCUGAAAACCGACCCGAAGCGAAUCUACUCGCUGCACUGCUAUCUCUACCCCUUCUUCAGUAUAUGUCCGAAAACUACCAAGCGAAGAUGAUCGACGGACGAAGUCGAAGCAGGGACCCGUAGCGGGCAGCUGAGAGCACAAAACCAAAACUGUAUCGCGUCGAAAUCGAAGUUUAUAAAACCAAGCGUCGAGAGAAGAAUUGGAACGAUUUUUGUCCAGGCCGCGGACGAAAACAAAACUACAUUCUGUCUGUGAUUAAACUAUUAGGUUUUACUGUAAUAAGGAGCAUAACACAGGGGGUAAAAAUUCAAUCCGAAUCCGAGUCGGAAAUGUGUAUAGGAAAGGGCCUGCCUGCAAGCGCGGGCCAUCUAGUCUCACUCGAACAAUUAAAAAAAAGAUAAACUGUAUGCAUACUGGUUAAUAAUGUUGACCUAUGACAAAAGCUAGAAAUGGUAGCUCGAAAAUCAAGUUCUUCCUUCCAACCGUUGAGAGUAUUUGCAGCCAGAGUUUAGUAACUCAGUAUUGUUUGAUUCGUCUGACUUGUUCGAAUAUUUUUUUUAACCCAAACUAAUCAAUUGUAAAAUUAAACUGAGCAAUGCUACUACCUGGGAUUCGAAUGCAAAUCUCAAUCGAGCAAUAGUUUAUGUAAAUAGCAAUUUAAGACACGUACUAAAAUGGUUCUUGAAACGAUGUGCUCUAAUAGAUGUUAGACAUAAUUGUAAAAUAAUAAACCUCUGCAGCAAUAAAACUAGAAACAAUAUGUAAAUUAGGCGAUGAAAGAUGUACAAUAAUGCGUAGUAUUUCUUGUUUUUAUCUUGUAUGCACAACGAUCUAUUAUUGUUAGUAAAGCGAAAUUGUGUUAAUAAACGUUAGUCUGAAAAAUAAAA